CCGGAGGGGGCGCGCGCUCCGGGACCCGUGCGGCCGCUGAGGGACGGAGGGGCCAGAGGCGCUCGGGGCGGGGGCGCCCUGGACUGGUCCCAAGGGGGCGAGGGCCGGCGCGCACACGGUGCCGGUGUCGCCGGCCAGGGAUGCGAGUGCGCGCUCGGGGCUCCCCCAGGUUACCCAGAGGGUGGAAGGGGGGCGAGGGCCGGCGCGCGCACGGAACCUGUGCCGCCUGCCGUUGCGGGAGCGCGCCCCGACUCGCCCCCCUCCAAAGUUGCCCGGAGGGUGGGAGGGGGCGGAGCGCGCACACCGGACCUCGCGCUGCUCGCUGGGGCCGAGGGGCGGCCGGGGACCGCGAGGCGAACUCCGGUCCUUCCUCCCGCGCGAGCGCAGGGCGGCCCUUGGAGGCUCCGGGCGCGCCAGCCCCUCCGCCCGGGAGGCCCAGCGGCGGCAGUUACGUCACUGGACGCUGGUGCUCGCUUGUCUCUUCAAAGCGGCUCUAUCCAGGAUUGAAGGAGAUGAGCCCUCCCGGUGUGCCGGGGCGAGGACCCCAUGUGCAGCUACAGAACCCGUGUGCGCCAACGGAACCCGUGAGGCCCAGGAACCAGCUUAAGGAGAGCCGCCCAUCAGACUGGUGGUGUAUUGAGAAGGUGCGUUUCUAUGGUCCGACCCGUUCGUCGACAUCCAUGGUGACAGGAAAUGAAUCUCUGGGUCUCCUCUGGAGGAAGUGUUUAUGGUGUAAUCUGCCGGGGUUUGAUCCUCCCCUCCACCACCUCCGUGACCUUCCCAAGUUGCCCCAGCUCUUCUGCUGCCUCAUCCAUAGAAACUAGAGAUAAAAAGGUGAGCCACGAGGGUGUGGUGAGAGUUAAGCAAGACGUUGAGUACUUAACCGCUGCCCGCUCAGGGAAGGUGGUCAGACAAUAUUAUUAAUGUUACUUUACUUUCUUCCUCUUCUCAGAACACAAAUCCCACCCCUCUCCCUUCCACGGCACCGUCUGGUCUCACCUCUUCUCAGGCGGACACUGCUUUGCUCACAGACUCAUUAUCUGCCUGUUGCAGAACUGAAGUCGUGCUCUCACACACUGUUUCUCAGUCUGAAUUGCUGUGGUUUUCUCAGGGGAAAGGCAAGUUUCUUUCAGAAGCCAAGACUCCUGUUUUGUCAGGCGAGGUCAAUACCCAACCCAACAACCACCACAAAUCAGGCUCUUUGAGCUCUGAGCCUAGGUUCAAAACCGAUUCGUUGUGUGGAAUUUUGCAGAGCUACUGAAUUCCCCAGCGGGGCGGAGAAAGGGGGUCGGCAUCAAGAGAUAAGCCCCGGCAGCUCUUUUUACGCUCUUAAAGCCUUGAGCCAACCCUGAGCAUUUCUGUCCGUCCCACAGGGUCAAACCAAGCAAGUUUAAUUUGGGAUGGAGAGGGUGGUUAUCCUUCUAUCCCCUUAACAGAUUCCUGGAGCUGCAGGAGGCAGCUUGCACCUGCCUGCAGGAGGAUGCCCUCAGGUGGCAGGAGCUCACUGUGCCAAUGCUCUCAGAGACCCCGGGAUUUGAAGUGCCCUCCCGAGGGGCAGCCCUUCCUGGGUGACCGACCAGAGUUGGACGCUCCAGCGUUCUUGCACCAUCAGACAACCCUGAGAGGUAGCUGUGGUGGACAGACAUGAACAUGGCCUCGCCAGGGCACCUGGUGGCUCAGUCGGUUAAGCGUCUGACUUCGGCUCAGGUCAUGAUCUCAUGGUUUGUGAGUUCGAGCUCUAUGUCGGGCUCUCUGCUGUCAGCGCAGACCCCGCUACAGAUCCUCUGUCCCCAUUUCUCUCUGCCCGUCCCUCCUUCUCUCUCUCUCAAAAAUAAACAUUUAAAGAAAAAGAUGGCCUCCCCAGUACACCCAACCAGCUGGUGUUCAUACUCUGUGUGUUCCUUCCAUUGGGUGUGAACAGGACCCGUGACUAACUUCUAACCGACAGAAUCCAGCAAAGGUGAUGGGAUGUCAGUUCUGUGAUUCUGUUACAAAAGCUUGUGACUUCCACUUGGUGAGUCAUUCUUGGUGGCUUUGAUGAGUCAAGGAGCCUUACUGGAAGCCUGCCUUGUGGAGAGAGCCACGUGCCAAGGAACUGAAGGGGACCUCUGGCCAACAGCCCAUGAAGAAGGAAAACUUGUCAUUAAACAUGUAAGCAAAUGCUUGGAAGCAAAUAUUGCCCCACUCAAGCCUUCAGGUGAGACCAGCCCGGUCAGCACCUGAACUGCAGCCAUUGACAGACCCCAGAAUGGAAGGCCCAGCUGAGCAGGGCUUGGCCUCUUAAGCUACAGAAGCUGUGAGCAAAUAAAUGUGUGUUGCUGAUUCCUAGUCUGGCAUGUUAGGAACUUAGUGGUCAUCACCUCAUCCUAACACACAAAAAGCUGAACAAGCUGAAAGAUCAACAACUCUUCUUAGAUUUCUCAGAGAAGUAAGGUCACAGGGCGACCUGCUGCCCCCGAAAUUGAAAAGAUGGGCCGAUGCAGAGAACCCACAACCCACUGGAGCCGAAACCCAUCAGCAGAAACUUCAGCGCCAGGAGUCCGCGCCAGGAUAGGAAAACCUGAACUGUAAUUGACACAUUGCUGGAGGCUCAGUGUAGAAGCGUCUGUGAGUCAAAACUGCAGG